GAGCAACUUCCUUGCGAAAGGGCGCGGAGAGCAUCAGUACUCGCGCGCACCCCCCAGGGCGGGGUGGUCGUGGUCGCUGCUUUCGCGCCGUUUUCGGUUCGCGAGAGGGCGUCGCGGCCGUCAUUUUUGCGGGUACAGGUCCGUCGGUUUCGGUUCCAGGCCGUUUUCACUAAAGGGAGGUUUACUGUGCCGAUCUAUUGGCCGACCACGUCGGUGCAUGGAGGUCCGUCUCCUCAGAUAGGGCGAAUCCAUGCGCCGAUGCGGUUUGAUGGCUUGCUGUGGACAGGGCGACGGGGCCAGGCGUGUGCCGCGCGCGCGCGGCUUGCGGGUGCCCCGAUCGCGGUGGCAGGGCGCCAGGGUUGCCUGGGGCCGCUGGCGUCACUUCUCACGGGAAUCGCCCGACGCGGUGGAACUCUUUGCGACCAUGUCGGUGGAUUGACAUCUCCCGAGGACGACAAUCUCCUCCUUUGA